UUUUUUCUCAUAUUGAUGUUGGCUGAUGUUGGCUGCAGAACCCAGAUAUAUGUAUAUUAUAUCUAUAGGUAUACAUACUGCACUCUGAAGACACCUGUGCGAGGGCGGGGAGAAGAAGGAAACGCGCGUAUAAAUAUGUUCGUCACCUGGCGAUCGCGCACAGUGAAAAAUGUCAUACGCUAACAGAUUUACGUUUUUCCUCUGGAAAAUAGCGCUGAUCGGGUGUGUUCUGGCUUUUCCGGACAAAUACGAAGUUCAAGAUGCUGAUACUAAUAUGAAAUUCAAUUUGCUCGAUGUGCUAAACGAGUACACAGAAAGUGAGAAAGAUCAGCAUAGGGAUUCAACGGAAGAUCCCUUUGAACACUGGACAGGUGUGUGGAUGCCACAUCAACCAGGUGAGGCAACACCACCUCCAAAAAUCUUCCAUAAAAAACCUAAUGAUGAUAUUCCGCAUCAGAACGGUAGGACUCCUAUGGGAGCAAAACAUGAUUGUGAUGAUGGAAAGACCAAUUUGACAGUGGACUGGGAUCAUUCACCAACAAGUUACACAUGCUAUGGUCAAAAAAUAGUUCCUGAUGCAGACAUAAAUCCACAAGUGUAUUGUGAGAGAAUACCUAAAAAUUAUGUGGCUUACCAUGCUUGUAUGUCUGAAACAAUUGAGUAUGAUGAUGAUAUUCCAUCGUAUGGAACUCAUCGACCAGUAUGGCCUGUUUACGGCGAAUAUAAAUAUGUACCUAAGCAAAGAUGGCUUCAUACAUUAGAGCAUGGAGGUGUUGUCAUGCUCUAUCAUCCAUGUGCUAAUGCUAUUGAAGUAGAUCGUUUAAAACAAUUAGUCAAGGGUUGCUUGCGCAGACACGUUAUAACUCCUUACAAUAUGUUGGAUGAAGAGAGGCCUUUAGCAGUGUUGACCUGGGGAUGCCGACUGACAAUGUCUCUAGUUAAUAAGGAAGUUGUUACACAGUUCAUUAAAGAAAAUGUUUUCCACGCACCAGAAAAUGAUGUCUACAGAGAUGGCGAUUUUGAUGAUCAAAUUAUAGAAAAGGCCAAAAUUAUCUCUGAUAUACAAGACUCUGUCGUAUGCUCAAAACUAAUGUAAUUAUUUUAGAAUCAAUAACUCUGAUUGCGCGUGUUGGGCUUUUUUUACAAAACUGUUGCCAAAGUAAUAGUUUUAUUGAUUUCUCACGACUUCAAUAGACCGACUAAGCUAUAUAGCAAUAAUAGUAAUAUUCGUUAAUUUUUAAUUUAUGUAAAUGCUCUAUUUUUAACUUUUAAGUAUACUAAGUUAACUUUUAGUACAAGUUGCUUCUAUACUGCAUAUAAUACUUCAUUUUAUCCAGCGGUUUUGUUAAAAUUUGCUCUAUUCUAAGAAUUGUAAAAAUCAUUUUAUUUAUAUUCUUAGAAUAUUUAAGCUGUGAUUAUUUUGUAAUGCCAAACUAACAGUACUGUUAAAACUCAUAUGUAUAAAGAAUGUGGAAUAUACAACUAUUUAAGUUAAAUCAAAGGCUUAAAUCAUACUACAUCGUUUACUCGUUAAUUGAUGUAUAACUAUAUGGAAAUGAAGAUGUUGUGGAACGGAUAAAUUAUAAGACCUUUAGUGGAA